AUGCCACCUGGUCUCGCACGGGUUCUGCUGUGGCUCGUUCACACGGCGUACGCCCUCGCCGUCGCCGCCGUCACCGCCUCUGCUGACCUCGCCACUCUUGGAGCCGCUGCUGCCGGUGAGCUCCUCCCGGACUCGGUCUGGCCGCCGCAAAAGACAGAGCUCCAUCCGCCGGAGCACCUUGCGUUGAUUGUGCCUACCAGUGCCCGGCGAGCGGUUCCGCACAUUCUUUCCUGGGCCGCUGACAUCGGGACGCUCAAGUGUACCGUGUACGAGACCGGGCCAUCGGCGAUGGCUCCGCUCGCGCUGACCGCAGCCGAAGUGGCGGCAGCGACGACGCCAGCCCCUGCGCGCGGCGUCGUCGUUCUGCCGAGCUCUGAGCCUGCUCCUCUCGACUCGGCCGCCACCGACGCCAUGUAUGUGCACCUCGAGGACGCGCGCUCGUUUGGCCCGGCGCCGCUGGCGGUGGCUGCGAAGCGACUCGCUGCUGACGUCACUGCCGGCAGACUCGCCGCCAGCGACAUCGGCGAGGGCCAUGUCGACGCCGCGCUUGGGGCUGAAGGCGUCGCUGGGCUUGGGCCGGUCGACGUUGCGCUGGUGGUCGGCGACGGCGGUGCACUUACAAUCGCCGGCUUUAAUCCGUGGCUCCUGGCCAACACCGAGUUUGUGGCGCUUGCGCCGCGCGGUGGCGCAGCGUUCAUUACCCGCGCCGACGACUGA